AUGGUCAGAAUAACCAAGACGAUACAACCCAAGCACCUGGAAACCUUGUCUCCCUUCAUCAGCGAAUUCGUGAAAACCGCAUGCUCCAUAUCUCUACCCCUCCUUCCGCAACAUCUCUCACAAUUUCCCACAAGAUGGCCUUUCCCCCGUGGCGACCUUUAUCAUUGGAUCUCUCUCUUGAAUCGCUUUGAUGUGAUACUUGAAAGAUUUUGCACAACAUACAAGCUAUCAGAUGGCCCUCAAAAAGUAAACUUCGGUCGUGAUAUGUUGGAGUCUAAUGUAGGAGAAGCAGCGGACGAUGCGAAGACUCACAAUCUGUCCGAGUUGGGCUACGGAGAAGAUGGAGAUAGACAAUUGAUUGAAGCGAUCUUGAAAUUCUCAAAGAUGCUUUUGGAAAAUUGUGGCAAUCGCAGUAUUUACUCCAGCAGUCCGCAUCUAGGGAGUUUACUCAAUACGACGUCUUUGUCAUUACUUGAGAACACUCUUCUUGUCACAUCUCAAUUGGCUCAGAGAUAUAACUCUGCUAUGAAGCGUGUUGGAUCUGCUAGGAGUAGCAAGCAUCUUUUGGCAGAGCAUUACAAUAUCGAUCUUAACAGAGUUCUUCAGUUAGCACUGCCUUUUAGCAAGACUAUCACCACGCCGCCAGACUCGGCACAAUCCACCACGACACCUAAUCCCACAACUCCCGGGGCUAAAGGCAAGGAGAAGGACAAGGCUUAUUUCAACCUUCCAAUAAGCCACAAGAGUUCAACCACCAUUGUUUAUGCAAAUGAUCUCGUUUCAAUAUACAAAGGGGGAUCAGGGGUCAGCACAAAUACCAAAAGCCCUCGAAGAGGUUCUGAUAAUACUGCAUCACCUGUAUCGCAGACGAGCUGGGAUGAGUGGGGAGACGUCAGGAUGACCUAUUAUCCGAAAACCAAACCAGAAACCGAGUCAGCCAGCAAUGCAUCGAAACCAGCCGAUGUCAUUACUACCCCUGUCCCACCUGUUACUCCAACGCCGGUUCGCAGAUCAUCCAAUCUUGGCCCGAACGCCCACCGUCCGAAUCGUUCUUCUACAACCGAAGAGGCAUCUCCAACUUUGGCACGUACCCCAACAAUGCCUGCGGAUGACGCGCAACGACAGAAUGCCAAAACCAUAGAAAUAUCUUCGGCAAAGCUCCGAUCCACAGAUAUCUAUUCUUUAAUGGAUGAGUAUGGUUUGGAUCUUCCCCAGGAUCUGCAGUACGAGCUGUUUACGAAGAUUCGAAUUGCGAAAGCUCUCAUAUCUUCAUUAGAGACACGACAACAGGCUCUGGCGAUUAGAAUGCUUGCUGUCGCGAACAUGGCUAAUGUCUAUGCUGAACCCUUAUUCCUUGAAAACAUUAUGAAACAGGAUGGUGACGAGCCAAAGCGUUUACAAUUUAUCUAUCAAGUUGCUGAUUUGGUGCACCCGCCCGCAGAAGGUGAUAUCGCCGUCUCUAUAUACAUGCAGACGCUGGCAUUUUCAACCCUUGAAGCCAUCGCCGGAAUUUCAACAAAAUUUCAAGACGUCUGCAAGGCCUUGAAUACUACCAUCAACCAUGGGGUUAUGUUGUACGUUAUCCGUAAAGCUGUCGCAGAGAUGGCCGUAGAGGACCUUGGUGAUAAGUUGACAGACAAGGAUCAGUGGCGAAACGCUUUAUUCUCACUCAUGACUAGUCUCUGUCAGUAUCCCCGUACAGCAGAGGGCCUUGUCACAGCUGGUUUAAUACCCAUCAUGAUUGAAAUUCUCGGAUUACGCACUUCUAUUGCCCAGCGCUACCAACCAAAGACUUUGUCAUUUUUGGACAAUGUAGUAUAUAGUGCUCGUGAAGCCUUUCAGAUACUGGUCAAUGCAAAUGGUCUCGAUCGUGUCUCAGAUUUAAUCGUUCACGAGACGACCGCUGCUUCGACCAUGGCAGAAUCUGGUAAUGGGAUGCCAAUCGAACAUCGUUCGCCAUCCACUGACUAUGAGAUUCCUUUCUAUCAACAACAAGUCUUGAAAUGGCUGUUCAAAUUUAUUCACCAUAUGAUGUCUUCAGCAAAUAGUUACGGCGGCAACUUUGACCGCAUUUUGCGGAAUCUCAUUGACUCUUCACAACUCCUUGGUAGUUUACGCCAGAUUAUUGGAAACGCUCGCUGUUUUGGCUCCAUUGUUUGGACCAACGCCGUUGGUAUAUUGAACGGUUUCAUCAAUAACGAGCCCACGAGUUUUGCAAUCAUUGCAGAAGCUGGCUUGAGCAAAGGAUUUCUCGAGGCUGUCACUGGGAGACCAAUCCAGAUGCUACCACCUUCUGGAGCAAAAAAGAGGCGUGGUUCCGCACAUCUAGCAAUUGAAGGUCCAGACGGGGAUAUCUCGACAGCAUCAUCUGACGAAGAAUCUGAUGAUGAGCCAUUUUUUGAGGUAGAUACCACCCCACAUCCACCAACAUUGGCGAUGCUUCAAGCUCUCCGCGAAGGGCCACUUGCUCGUGGCAUCUUACCAACUCAAGAAACCAUUAAUAUUGUACCGCAAGCAUUUAGUGCGCUCUGCUUGAACAGCGCUGGUAUGAGGAUGUUUCGAGCCUCCCGUGCUCUGGAAUCGUUCUUUGAGAUAUUUGAGAGCCCCGAGCAUGUCAAAUGUAUGGAGUCAAGUGGUGAAUUGCCAUCUAGCCUAGGCGGUACUUUCGAUGAAUUGGCACGACAUCACCCACCUCUUAAGGGUGCAAUUAUCAACGCUAUCCUUGAUAUGGUCGUCCGAGUGGGUUAUCUAUGCAAGAUUAAGGCUGAGAAAGAUAGAGCAGGUGUUAAGUUGUGGGAACACGAUUCCACUGGCAAUGUCGUCCCUAUCGGUUCCUCCUCAAGCAGCCCUUCGGAUGUAAAGGGAAAAGGCAAGGCAGACGAUAAUGGUAGUGAUGUUGAAAUGCGCGAUGCUGAUGAAGCAGUACCCGCUCCAGUAGCACCCAAAGACUCCGACACUUCCAUGACGGCGUACAUAACCUCAGUCGCUUCUUUUCUUGCGACUGUUUUAAACAACUCUUCCGUCCGUACCGAGUUCUGUGCCAGAGGUGGCAUUGAGUAUGUGCUUGAUCUCGCCGAGUCUCAAAGUUUACCAGCCAACUUCGGAGAUGGCAUAUCUGGACGAAAUCUGCAAAAUGUUAUCGCUCUUCUCGCCGAGCAAAAACCAUAUCUCGUGAUCCCAUCACUUUUGAAGCGAGCUCAGGCUGCCGCAGAUGUUCUCCAACCAUUUGCCACACACAACUUCAGCACAUCUUUCUUUGCUCCGUUUGUAGACACACAAAGCCAUGAUCAAGCCGACAAGGAGAUAUUGGCACAAGGCACUGCUUUUGCGAAAGCUUUUGUCAAUGUCCAAUCCUUGGUAUCUAAUUUGACAGCUUCUAUACAAGGAUCUCCAUACAGUCACAGAAACACUCCGUCUGGCUUCAAUUCUAUGAAUUUCGCUGACCACUACAACCGCUUAAUUCAAACCCUAGGUCCCCUCUUAGGUGCAUCUAUCAAAGAGGAAAUUCUGUUGCAGACGUUUGUUCCCAAGAGCUGGCAACAAAUAUCCCCAGCACGAAUUAAGGACAGCGUAUUGAAGGAUGUGUUUCCAGGAGCUGUCAUCACUGAGCCAUCCCAUACUGCUGUUAACGCGCUAGCACCAGGUGUCGAACCCGACUCUCUAUCUUCAGCUGCUGGUGUAACAGGCGCUGUAGCAUUACAAGCAGACGCUGUAGAAGCCAAUCCUGUUCCAGAUAUAUCGGCCAAGCCAUCAAGUCAGUUGACUCAGAAUCCUACGGAACUUGAGACCCCUGGAGCUUUGAGGAACUCUGCUCAAUAUCGGAACUAUCAAACGUUCCGUUACCUCCUCGGCAAGACGACUCGGGUUAUUAGUCCCUUCUUCCAGAAUGUUGGCAAGAUACUGCUCAGCAAGCGUAACCCUGAUCCAUACUACAGACAAAACCAUACCACUAUCGCUGAAGCUUUGUCUGAAUCUAUUCUCAACCAAUUGGCUCGCCCCGGCGAUGACAACAGUACGGAAACUUAUUCAUAUUGGAUCGAGUUGUUACAUGUACUCAAGGAUAUGUUAAUUGAUUAUCGCCAAAUUCAAACCAUCAGUAUCGUCUUGCAAGCUUUCAAGGAACGUUCCGGCUUCACCACUUUGAAUCGCAUCCUUGAAGCUUUUACCUCCGAAAUCCGUGCGCCAAGUGGCCUGUCGCCCGAGCAGCAGGAGGAGAAGACACCCGAAAAGCCCGUGAAGCAUGGAUUGGCGGCUAUCGGCGCCAAACAGAUCAUUUCUAUGUACUCGAUCCUCGCCAAUUCCAAGCAUGUAAUUGAAGUUCCACAGACCUUAGCUAUGAUGCCUCGCAAUGAACGAGACCGAGACCGUACCCGGCUUGACUCUUUCACUCCUGGCCAGUUCAUGGUGGAGCUUCGCAUGGCAAUCUUACCUACUGUCCGAAGUUUGUGGGAGUCUGAUUUGAUUGAAAAGGCUCCGAGCCAGAUAUCAGAGGUUCUCAUUGAAGUAAUUCGUACUAUAGCCUCCACGGAAGGUGAAGGUGGAGCUAUCAGGAGAACUGAAAACCAACCUACCAGACAAACAAAACCUCCCCGAAAGGCUUUCAAAAUUAACUCUGAUAACGUCAACGCGCUUAAAGACCAAGGCUAUGAUGAGGAUUUAGCCAAGGAGGCUUUGUAUCGUUGCAACAAUCAUCUUGCUACGUCAACUGACUAUUGCAAGGAACAGAAGAGAGAAAGAAGUCGUGGGCGCUGCCCAAUUCCCGAGGAUGAUAUUGAGGUUGCUCCCGAGCCUAGUGGUAAUUCUAGACCUUCAAGUGGAUCUACCGGAUCAGCAAGCCCAAGUGAGCAACCCGCGGCUAUCAGUUCUGCACAUCCAGAUGUAACAGCGAUCAUUAAUUCCCUUCAAACAGUUGCUACAGUUCCGGCAUCAGGCCAAUUAGUUCCACCUGAAUCAGCCGAUGACCCAUUUACGCCCCAGGGGUUUAAUCGCAUGAUGAACCAACUCGCUCCUGGUUAUGAUAAUAGAAGCCAAGAUACAUCGAAUAGCGCCGGACCUAGCGCCCCUCGUGAAAGUCCUUCACUGAAGCCUACACAAUCCAUCAAGGCUGAGGAGCCCGCUGUCAAGCAGGUCACCGUUGACGACUUGAAUGAUGAGCGCAAGCUCAUUCGAGAAAAUUUGAUUGAUAAGUGCUUGGAUGUCAUCAAUGCUCAUGGCGAUGUCACAUUUGAGAUAUCCGAUUUGAUUACUACUGUGGUCAAUAAAUCUCCUGAUCAUUCUGGAUUGAGGAAGAUUGUCGCCGAAACACUUGUUGUCGCCCUUAUGUCUUUCGCUGGUGCAGAAGAUGUUCGCACUGAUGGAAAUAAGAUCGCGGCCUAUGCUCAUUUACUGGCGUUAAUGUUACGUGAAAAGCAGUUCUACGCCGCUGCAGUUGGAGAGCUCAAGGAAAAUCUCUCCACAUUGCUCACUUUUGUCAAGCUAUCUCCUUCACAUUCCGCCGAGGAACCAUCGCCAUGGAUUGCACAGAUCCUUCUCAUUGUUGAGAUGCUAUUGAGUGAAGAUGCUAAACCAAGAAAGGCUAAGUGGACACCACCAAAAGAUGAGAAUGAAAAGGCUGAGGCACCUGUCAUUGAGCAUGUAGAGCUUGCCGUAUCUGAAGAGGAAAGAUCUCAACUUUUAGAGUCAAUUCUAGACAUCCUUCCACGAAUUGGAAAAGAAGAAUCGCUCGCACUUGCUGUACUUCGAAUCCUUGUCAUAUUAACACGUACUCGCUCAAUUGCGCAAGCCAUGGGCGAGAAAAAAAAUAUACAGCGAUUGUUUGUAAUGGCGAAGCAGCUCGCUGGUGCUAGUUCGACUCGCAUUCAUAGCCCCCUUUUGCUAAUUCUCAGACAUAUUGUUGAGGAUGACGAAACCAUCAAACAAAUUAUGCGAUCGGAUAUCAAGGCCUUCUUUGAUCACAACGUUCGACCCCAGCGAUCCCCUAUUGAUCUUCAGCUCUAUUUAAGAGGGUUGCAACACGUCGCCAAUCGUGCCCCGGCACUCUUUGUUCAAGUAAGCAACGAAAUGGUAAAGUUUACGGGAUGGCCAUUAUCGCCUGACCCCACAAGUCGUGCACCCUCCUUAGUCCUCAAGGGUGACUCUCCAAGUGAAAACACUCCCUCUCUCAAGAAUGCUGAAGAUACUGUUCAGCCGACAGUGCAAGCCACGGAGGAUCUAAGUCUUCAAGAUCUCAAACCAUCUACUGAGGCUAUUGAUACUGAUAUGCCGGAUGUUGGAAAGACAGCUUCCUUAGAGCAUAAAACACCCGUAGUCGAGAACCCGGAUGGUGUUAUUCACUUCCUACUUUGUGAGCUCUUGAACUACAAAGAUGUGGAAGAUAAGGAUCGUCCAACCACCAGCAGUACCGAGAAGGCUACCUCCUCCAUUGGGGAUGUGUCAAUGAUCGGUGCACCGUCCGUGCCUGAUUCACCUGCACUCAAAGACAGCCAGUCUAUCCAGGAACCCACGAAACAGGAAUUCAAGGCCGACGAACAUCCUAUAUAUAUCUAUCGAUGCUUUCUACUGCAGUGUCUCACUGAACUGUUGUCCUCUUACAAUAGAACUAAAAUCGAGUUCAUCAAUUUUAAGCGUAGUGCUCCUCCUCAAGCAAUGACUCCGUCUAAACCCCGAUCCAGUGUGCUUCAUUAUCUCCUCGCCGACCUCUUGCCAAUUGGAACAUUGGAUUAUGCAGAAAAUACGGCCAUUCGCAAGAAGCUCACCACUUCGCACUGGGCCGACUCUGUCAUCACUGCUUUGUUGAACAAGACUGGAGAACAGAUCCUUGACAAGUCUCGAGAACAAAGCGAUGGAGAAGACGAACCUGAUCUCUUGUUCGUUCGACGUUUUGUCCUAGAAAAUAUUCUCAAGGCCUACAAAGACGCAAGCGCUUCUACUGAAACCCUCGAGGUUAAAUAUGCUAGGAUGCUUUCACUUGCUGAUCUCAUGAUGCAUAUCAUGACUGGAAAGGAUAAUCUAGGAACUGCGGAUACAUCUGUUAGUAAGAGAUCGCAGAUGCAGCUUAAGCGCAUUAUGUUUGAAAAGGGAUACAUUGCAGCCUUGACUGCUUCGGUCGCAGAUAUAGAUCUCAACUUUCCCGGUGCAAAGCGAGCUGUCAAAUAUAUUUUGCGACCUCUCAAGCAGCUUACUCAUCAUGCCAUCUAUCUUAGCGAAAACUCACUUAUAUCCUCUCCUCCAGGACAAGCUGACGAAGACGAUAUUGAGUCUGCUACUUCAGUGUCAGAUCUAGAAGAUGAGCGAGAAGAGACCCCUGAUCUAUUCCGAAACUCGACUUUAGGCAUGUUCGAGCAAGGGGAUGAGAAUGAUACAUCAUCUGAUUCCGAAGAUGAUGAUGAGGAUAUGUACGAAGGCGAAUAUGACGACGGUAUGGAGUAUGAAGAAGAAAUGGAACCAGAUGACGAGGAGAACGUUAGUGAUGAAGAUGACGAUGAUGACGGCAUGGGUCCCAUCGAAGGUCUUUCUGGCGAUCAUGGUGUUGAUGUCGAAGUCAUCAUGGAGGAUGAAGAAGAUGAUGACGAAGACGAUGAUAGCGAAGAUGAAGAUGAUGAUGAUGACGAGCACGGUUCCGAGGAAAUGGAGGAUGAUGAUGCUCGUAUCGAAAUUCUUGACGAGGCCGGAAAUGUCCAAGAGCUCGCCGAAGACGAAGAUCUUGAUGAUUGGGAAAGCGAUAAUGACGAAGAAAUGGAGGAAGAUGAUGAAGAGGAAUAUGAGGAAGGUUAUGAGGGACCAGGAGAGGACAACGAACAGGCACAUGUUCACGCUCAUUCUAUGGGUGAUAUGGGUCCUAUUGGCAAUCUUGUCCGCGUCCUCGCCGGUGCUGGUGAUGAGGAAGAUGCCGUUGAAAUGCUUCAACGCCUGGAAGAAGAAGGUGUUGGUGACCCUGAAGAUGACGAAGAAGAACCUUUGGGUGAAUACAUGGAGGAAAUUGAAGAGGAAGAAGAUGAGGAUGAUGAAGAUGAUGUGGACGAAGAAAUGCUCUUUGAGCACGCAUAUCCAGGUCAGUCUAAUAUCAGACCAAGCUCUACGGUCCGACUAAUAGAUCAAGCGGACGGCCCCGGUCCUAUCUUUGGUUGGGAGGGAGAUGUUGAGCCUCCAAUGGUCAUCAGCAACCGUGGACAUCAAGGCCGACAUCGUCAUGCAUUCCCCAGUCCCUUUCCAUUCCUUCCCGGAGGUUCGCGCGACCCACUUGGUGUUCCAGAUUUCCGUUAUAGAGCACACAGAUCCGGCGCUCCACCUCCAUAUUCCACGGACGACGGCACGAAUCCUUUACUUCAACGCAAUGGCCCAAGUGGUUCAAACCGACCUGGCCAUCGAGGACCUCAAAUAGGCAGCUGGAUCCAAGCACCGGGACCAGGCGCCUUGAUAGACAUGAGUAGUGUUCUUGGUGGACGUGCCUUUGGUGAUAGCCCUGAACAAAUCCUUGAUAUGAUCAGAUCCUUACGUAUCCCAGGAUCGAUGGUUCGUAAUGGACAAGCUUUACAGUUUCACAUUACCGCUGGUCCUGGUCAGUUGCCUAGGGAACUUGAAGCGAUGUUUGGCACUCGUCGUCCUCGUACUGAUAACCAUCGUGAUACGAGCGAGCCUGGAAGCGCUACAUCUUUCACCACUCAGUGUACAGCUGCGCGAUGGUCAGAAGAGUCGAAGUUACUCUUUGGACCGAGUAAUGUUGAGGUCGCCCAAGAGCUCAAAAACGAAAUAAUGGCAGGACUUGUACCUCCUGCUAUUGAAGCUGACAAAGCUAUCAAAGCAGCUGAAAUGGAGCGAAUCCGCGCGCUGGAAGAAGAAAAGAAAAAGCGACUCGAAGCAGAAAAAUUGGCUAGGGAAGCCAAGGAGGCAGAGGAGAAGGCAGCUAGAGAGAAGAAAGAGGCCGAAGAGAAAGAAGCCGCCGAAAGAGCUGCAGCUGAGCUUGCGGCUACUCAAAGUGCCGAGGUUGAUGAACAAACCGGGGAGUCUAUCGAGGCUAAUAAUGCUAACGCAGCCGAUGCCAUGGAGGGUGUUCAGAGCGAAGCACCAGAAGCAGCUACGAAUGCGGAAACACAGGGAGCGGAAGCUCCAGCUGCUGAUCGUCCUAGAGUCAUGACUGUGAUUCGCGGCAAUCCAUUUGAUAUUACAGAUUUAGGCAUUGACGCAGAGUUUCUUGCGGAACUUCCAGAUGAAAUCCGUGAGGAGGUCAUCAUGGCUGCCGUUGCCGAACGACGUCAACAGGCUACUGCCACCGGCUCACAACCAACCGACAUUGACCAGGAAUUCCUUGAUGCCCUUCCAGAUGAUAUUCGAGAAGAAAUCAUGCAACAAGAGGCACAAGAACGCCGUCGUCGUGAACGUAACGAACGACGAGAAGCAGCCGCUGCUGCAGGCGGAGGUCCGCCAAAUGGGGACAUGGACCUUCCAAGCAUUCUUGCCACCUUUUCACCAGCUCUCAGGCAGGAAGUUUUGAUGGAUGGUGACGAAGAUUUUAUGGCAUCUUUACCUCCAGAUCUCGCUGCUCAAGCACGUCAACUACGCAGAGGUCAACCGGAUCAUCCUGGUCAUUCUGGAAGAGCACCUGUUGGUGUUAUUCGCCGCCCUGCUCCUGGCGAGGAAAUUCGAGGUGCUCCUCAGCAGCCAAGAGCUCGUCGGGCAAUUGUUCAGAUGUUGGACAAACAAGGUGUAGCAACACUCCUACGUUUGAUGUUCAUUUUCCAACACAGCAGUUUCCGAAGUACACUCAAUUCAGUCUUGCAGAAUGUCGCAUUGAACAAGCACAACCGCGCCGAGCUUAUCAGCACCCUUCUUCAUAUUCUUCAGGAUGGCAGUGCCGACAUGACCGCAAUUGAGCGAAGUUUCUCUUAUUUGUCAGUCAGAGCUAAGCAACCUAAAGAAAAGGAUCCGAAGACACCAACACAAACUCUUCGAAGAACACUCACUGGUCUCGGCUCCCUUGCGCAGACAAAUUCUGAGGCAUCGCCACUCAUGGUAGUCCAGCAAUGUUUGACAGCCUUGGUCUAUCUUGCUCAGACUAAUUUGCAUGUUGCCUCUUUCUUCCUAACCGAGCAUGAGCCAUCUGGCGGACUUAAGCGUAGUCUCAGUCGCAAAGGAAAGGGGAAGGACAGUAAGGCACCAAGAUAUGCACUUAACUCUUUGCUCAGUCUUCUAGAUCGCGACCUCAUCAUGGAGAGCGCAACUAUCAUGGAACAGCUUUCACUCUUACUUAAUAUUGUCACUAGUCCACUCAUUGCGCUAGAGCGAAAACAAAAGGAGGCCAUUGAAGAAGCAGAAAGAGCCAAAGCGGCUGCGCCUGCAAAUGAAACAGCGGAGGCCACUGGUUCUACCGACGUACCUAAUACUGAAAAUGUUACCACCGGUGAAAGCACGUCUACCGAACAGGCACAAGCGUCCCCAGAGACUGCCGCCCCUGCGGAAAAUCCGCAUGCUGGUUCGACUUCUACUCUAGCACUUUCAACGCUUGUCAUUCCAACAAACGCUGAUAGUGGUGAUGCCUCCGCCGUUCCAGAAACUGAUUCCUCUAAGCCCGCGGAUGCCUCUAAACAAGAACAGAAGAAAAUCCAUGUCUUUACCCCUCCAGUCGUUCCAGAACAUAAUCUCCGACUGGUAACAAACAUUUUCUGCUGUGAGUGCAACUCUAAGACCUUCCGGGAGACAAUAUCAACCAUCAAGAAUCUUUCCACAAUACCUGGGGCGAAAACUAUUUUCGGAAAAGAACUUAUUGCCAAGGCUCGGGCAUUGGGAGAAGUUAUCUUGGUAGACCUUCAAGACCUUCUUCCUCAGAUUCAAAAAGCUAGAACUGGUACGGAGAUCCAAGGUGUCGCAUUAGCAAAGUUUUCGCCACCGGCGUCCGAUCAGCACAAACUUCUACGUGUUCUCACUGCUCUAGAUCAUCUGUUCGAUCCCAAGCGUGAAAAGAAGGACGAUGCCGCCAGUGAAGAGGACUCCUCUGAGAUUGUUGAAAAGCAAGAUCUUUUGUCUAGCCUCUAUGAGAAUUCCACCUUUGGUCCAAUGUGGGAUAAGCUAAGUGCUUGUCUCAGUACAAUUAGGCAACAAGACCACAUGCUUAGUGUCGCCACUAUUCUUUUACCCCUGAUUGAAUCCCUCAUGGUCGUUUGCAAGAAUACCACCUUGAAGGACGCACCCCUCACUCGAGCUGCGAAGAACAAGGAAAUGGUUCUUGCCAGUCCCGUUCCAGAGUCGCGGAUGGAGAACUUGUUCUUCUCGUUUACCGAAGAGCAUCGAAAGAUUCUCAACGACCUCGUCCGACAUACACCUAAGCUCAUGUCUGGUACAUUCUCCCUCUUAGUAAAGAAUCCCAAGGUUCUUGAGUUCGAUAACAAGCGCAACUACUUCAGCCGCAGCAUCCACAGCCGCAGUCAAGGUUCUCGUGCAGUUCCUCCCCUACAGCUAUCUGUUCGCCGAGAGCAAGUAUUCCAUGACUCUUUCAAAUCUCUCUACUUCCAAACCCCAGAUCAGAUGAAAUAUGGCAAGCUAAGCAUUCGUUUCCAUGGGGAAGAGGGAGUUGAUGCAGGUGGAGUUACUCGUGAAUGGUUCCAAGUUCUCUCUAGGCAAAUGUUCGACCCUGGCUAUGCUCUUUUCAUUCCCGUAUCUUCUGACCGUACUACUUUCCACCCCAACCAGUUGAGUAGUAUCAAUGAAGAGCAUCUCAUGUUUUUCAAGUUUAUUGGUCGUAUCAUAGGAAAAGCACUUUAUGAAGGUCGUGUUCUCGACUGUCAUUUCAGCAGAGCAGUUUACAAGCGCAUCUUAGGCAAAGCUGUUUCAGUAAAAGACAUGGAAUCUUUGGAUCCAGACUAUUAUAAAUCUCUCAUAUGGAUGCUUGAGAACGAUAUCACGGAUAUCAUCACCGAAACCUUCUCCGUUGAUAAUGACAAGUUUGGCGUUGUUGAGACCAUUGACUUCAUUGAAAAUGGACGCAAUGUUGCUGUUACAGAGGAGAACAAGCACGAGUAUGUGAGAUUGAUGGUUGAAUGGAAACUUACAGGAUCUGUCAAGGCACAGCUUGAUGAGUUCUUGAAGGGCUUCCAUGAUAUUAUCCCGGCUGAACUGGUCUCGAUUUUUAAUGAGCAGGAAUUGGAAUUGCUAAUCUCUGGACUACCUGAAAUUGACGUUGAUGACUGGAAGAGCAACACCGAAUACCACAAUUACUCAGCAUCAUCUCCACAAAUCCAAUGGUUCUGGCGUGCUGUUCGCUCGUACGACAAAGAAGAACGAGCCAAGUUGUUGCAAUUCGUCACGGGAACCAGUAAGGUACCUCUCAAUGGCUUCAAAGAGCUCGAGGGUAUGAAUGGCUUUAGCAGAUUCAACAUUCACCGCGACUAUGGCAACAAAGAGCGACUACCAUCUUCUCACACUUGCUUCAACCAACUCGACCUUCCAGAAUAUGAAAGUUAUGAAACCCUGCGUGCUCAAGUCCUUACGGCCAUUACAGCAGGUAGUGAAUAUUUCGGCUUUGCAUAA